AUGCUCUCUCCCUUACGCUGGUGGAUAUCCUCCCGAACACUAGCGACCCCAGCCCGACUCUUCAGCCAAAGCCCCAUUGUCCCCGCGAAACCUCUCCCCCCACGGCUCAAGAUCAACGAUGCCGACAUAUCAAUAUCCUACCUAAAAGGCACCGGGCCUGGCGGGCAGAAGAUUAAUAAAACCAACUCGGCCGUCCAAAUCAUCCACAGGCCCAGUGGGGUGGUAGUCAAAUGCCAAGCGACGCGAUCGCAGUCUCAAAACGCUAAGAUUGCGCGAUCCCUGCUUGCUGAUAAAGUCGAGGCGCAGGAGAAGGGGGAUAAGAGUCGAGUUGCAAUUAAGGCCGCGGCCGCGAAGAAGAAGAAGGCUAGUAAGAUGAAGAAGACGAGGAGAAAGUACCGGGAGCUUGGGGAGGGGGGCAAAGAAGGAGGAAUUGAUAUGGAGGAAGAGGACGAGGUCGAGAUCAUAUGGGAUGAUGAUGUAAAGGAGGAGGGAGAAAGUACGGAGGCUACACCUACAUUGAAGGGUGAAGCUGAGUCUAAAUCCGAAGAUGCGCCUAAAUCCUCUGGGGAGUCCGCAAAGGGUGUAUGA